AUGGGCCUUGGCGGAAGAACAGGCAACGUCUCCUUUGCCAGUCCUGCUUUCAGAGAGGCUUCUCAGGCGGCUCGCAGGGCUCGUUCCACAAAUGACCGUCUGAGCCAGGUCGCCCCCACUCCCUCUAGAUGCAGGGCUCGAUCGUCCUCCGAUGAUUCUGACUCGGAUGAUCAGCCGCUAUCUCAGAGAUGCCGGCGCCGAGCCCCUCGCCCGAUGUCCAACUCAGGCCCAUCAUCUAUCCCUUCUCCUCCUCCAAAUGCAGCUGCCUCUCCUCCCUCCUCCCAUGUGACUCCGCCUCCAAUCCCGAGCCAUGUAACUGAUCCCCCGACUUCAUCCAAUAAUCAGGCCGAGCCCCCAUUGGCUCAACCUUCUACCUCGCAGCAUGCUCAGGGCGAUGAAGCGGGCCCCUCAGAACAACCUUCAACUAUCCCGCCUGUAGUACCUCCUCAGGGGCCUUCUUCAGCUCCUUCUGACGCAACCACCGAGCCCCCAAUUCCUCCAGGCUCAUCCGCGGGUCCCUCAGGACCACCUCCGUUUACUUAUCAUAAUUAUGGUACUACUCUCCCUUCCGAGGAGCAGUUAUGGUCUCAAACAGAUGUUCCCACCAGCUCCCUCAAGAUAAAAGGUCGUCUGUCCACUUUAUGGGAAGAAAGCCUACAGAAUAUGAAUUCCUUGCCUUCCCCGGCCCAGAUGGACCAAUUCGUAGAGUUGUAUAUCAAGGCCUAUGCAGAAUCUCUGAUAGUGAACCAUUCCUUCCAUGAUACUCAUUAUCAGAAUAAGAUGCUGCGAGACCAUGUUGCUGAAUUGGAACUGCAACUGAAUGAUCCUACCCAAGCUAGCCAUGCCUUGAGGGCCGAAAUAAAAGAUUUGACCAAAAAUAAGAACAGUCUGGAAUUAUCCCUAGCCCGAAACAACCAUGAACUUAGAGAUCUCCAAGAAAAGCAAAGUCAGGCUGAUAUUGUACAUCAACAGAGUAUGAAUCAGCAGGCUUUAGAGCAUCAAAGAACUAUGGACCAGUUGGCUCAAAAGCUGCGUGCUACCGAGACUCUGGUGCAGGAUCAAGACAAAAAGUUAAAAUCGCAGGAGGUCCUUUUGAAAUCUCAAGAGACCCAACUAACUUCCCAAGCGACAGAAUUGGCUACUGCCAGAAGUGAACUGGCUCAGGCUCGGGCCACCACAGAUGGCGUGUCAACAGUUUUGACUAUCAAUAGAGAGGGAGAGAACGAUCGCUGUCUGCAGAACCGCGCCCUGUAUCUGCGUUCUCCUGAAUUUUGUGAGCAGGUCGGACAGCGUUUUUCUACGUCUAUUAUCUAUGGGGCGGGCGGGGCUCUGCAAAAACUUCAUGAGCAAGACUACUUGAAGUCACUUCCACCUCCUGAAUUCUUAGAUCAUGACCGAAUCCUCAAAGAGAUACCGAAUGAAAUAUUUGCUCCUUUCGAAUGA